AUGGUAGAUCCGCCGAAUGCAGAUCCAUCGAAGACAGAUCCACCGAAGACAGGUCAGCCCGAGGCAGAUCCACCCAAGGCAGAUCCUACGAAAACAUAUCCACCGAAGGCAGAUCCCCUGAAGGCUGAUCCCCCGAAAGAAGAUCCGCCGAAUGUAGAUCGACCGAAGGCAGAUCCGCCAAAAACAGAUUCACCGAAGGCAGAUCCGUCAAAAACAGAUCCACGGAAGUCAUAUCCACCGAAGACUGAUCCACCAAAGACAGAUCCGCUGAAGACUGAUCCGCUGAAGACAGAUCCACUAAAGUCAGAUCCACUGAAGUCAGAUCCAUCGAAAGCAGAUUCGUCGAAGACAGAUCCUUACAGCCAAUAA